GAAUUGCCUUUCCAUUGCAGCCUCCACUGUCCAGCUGCAGAAUCAUCUUGAACAUAGUUGUUAUUGGCUAUGGAAGUGGGGUAGCACUGUAGCAAUAUCAAGUUUCCAUUAUUGUUUGGGAAUGAAUGUUACUGCUUACAGGACAAAGAUGAGAGAAGGAAGAUCACUCCGUUCCAGAUCUCAUCCUUUGGCAGAGGUCUUAAUACCAACGGAAUCACCUGGCUCCAGGGGCAGUAGCAAACAUGUGGUCAUUGUUAUGGAUGCAUUGAAGGAGUUCUCCAUGGAGCCUCUUCAAUGGGCACUUGACUGGGUGAUCGAGGCAGGAUGUUCGGUUACCCUCCUUGGAGUCUUGCCUUGGAUUCCCUUCCCCUUUUCAUGCAAGAUAGGUUUAGAUGUAUGGAGGCAUGUUCUUGAAGAUAUGCGAGGUCCUAUGGGAGGGAAGAGUAGGGCGAGAAAUGACCCGAAGAAACAUCAGAAGAUACGGGGGAUAAUGGAGCUUUGCAAACAGAAGCAGGUGGUUCCUUUGAUGAAAGUGGCAAUGGGUCAUCCGUUCAAGCUUGUGGUUCUUGAGCAAACUACAAGCCUUCAUGCUACAUUUGUGGUUCUUGACAGGCAUCUAAGGAGGUACAAAACGUUCUUUGAGGAGAGGCUGCCGAGCAGUGCGGUGAUGAUGAAUCGACAUGGAGGGGUAGAUGUGAUCAAAAUGAAAGCCAGAACAGAUGGGUUUGAUUCGGCGGCUACCGGAGAAUCUCCGGCCACCGUUCCCCCGACCCCGGAAGUUAUUCUAUCUGAGGAGCUGCUGGAACGGCUGAGGCGGCAGACGAGCAUUUGACAAUGACAGUGAAAUUCAAGUGUGUUUUUAUAUAUUGGAAGUACAUCAGCUUGAUCUACUGGUGUUUAGAGUUUGGAUUUAACCGUAGUGAGACUCUAUGUUUUGCAAGACUUAGACCUUCAUCCCCCCUUCUUUUUUCUUCUCCUAUCUCCCCUGACAUGAUCACGUUUGCAUGGUGAUAAAGGGGUCGUUUGCUUCAUGGAUUUAUAAACGAGGGUUUUGUAAUUUAAAAACCCAAGGAUUUAUCAAGGAUUUGAGGCAUCAUGGAUUUGUAACAAUCCUUUGUUUGUUGGGAUGUUUUUAUCAUGGAUUUAAAGGUGUGGGAUUUACUACUUGAAGUCAAAAAUUACAUUAUUGCCAUUUUCUAUAUGUUUGACAUGUUUAUGAUAUGUACACAAAACAAGGACAAAACUUCAAAAUUACCUUACUAUCAUUUUCCAUAUGUUUGACAUGUUUAUGAUAUGUACACAAAACAAGGACAAUACAUACUAAUAAGCAUAAUGUUGCCACAUGGACAAUAAUAAUAAACGAGAAAAUUCCGUUUUAACUUUUAACGUAAUGUUGCCACAUGGACAAUAAUAAUAAACGAGAAAAUUCCGUUUUAACUUCUAACUCAUGUUUGCACAUUAAUUGAACGUUUAUAUUAUUCAUUUAUUGUUAAUUAUAAUGUAUAAUAGUUAAAUUUGAGGGCAACCUUGGAAUAUUAAAAGUGCAUGAGGGUAUAUGGGUAAAAUGUCAUCAAGGAUUUAUGCCAUAUUCCAAAUCCCACAUCAACAUGUGGGAUUUAUAAGUCCGUGGGGUCCACGGAUUUUGACCCUUAAAAUCCGUGGGCCCCACGGAUUUGGUCUCUAAAAAAGGUGCAAGCAAACAACGGAUUGUACCUAAAUCCUUGAUAGUUGGUUUUUUGGUACCAAAUCCAUGUACCAAAUCCUUGAAGCAAACGACAAAGACUACGUUUUCGUUUGCUUAUGGGAUUUGUCGAUUGCUUGUGGGAUUUAGGUGAUGUAUUUGGCACCCAAAUACAAAGUAUUAUGUAUUUGAUAGAAAAAUAUUGUUUGUUAGGUUAUACAAAUCCGUGAGGCCCACGAAUUUUUAGUAUUUUUUAGCUCCAAAUCCUUGGACCCCACGUAUUUGCAAAUACCACAUUUCAUUUGAUAUUUGGUCAUUGAAGGCAAGGAUUUGAGACCCAUAGUACAAAAAACUUCAAAUUCAUAAUUAAAAUCAACUAAACAAACAAUGUUAUCUUUC